AUGAAUGCUAAGUGGUUGAGUGAGACAUUAGAUAAUUCACUAUAUCAAAAUCCGAAUUUGAAGAUAAAUGAAAUACAUUCAAAAGCUUUAAGGAAAUGGAAUACCAAUGUCACAAUUUCUAAAGCUCGUAGGGCAAAGAUAAUUGCAUCUUACAAAGUUGAAGAUAGUUUUAAAAAUCAGUUCAAAAAAAUAUAUGACUAUGCACAUGAAUUAUUGAGGUAUAACCCUGGAUCAACAGUAAAAGUUAAAGUGGAUAGUGACAAUGGAAAGUAUAAGGGGGAGUUAUUUACAUCUAUUGGUAGAGAUCCUAAUGACCAGAUGUUACCUCUAGCAUAUGCAAUUGUGGAAGUAGAGAACAAAGAUAGUUGGGCAUGGUUUUUGGAGUUGUUGAUAGAAGACCUUGGGGGUGCUGAAGUAUGCAAUUCAUGCACUUUUAUGGCUGAUCAACAAAAGGGUUUACUACCAGCUAUGUCUGAACUUUUACCUAGGGCAGAGUACAAAUUUUGCAUGCGACACUUAUAUGCAAAUUUUAGGAAAAAAACUUCUGGGCAAAACAUGAAGAAUCUGAUGUGGAAGGCUGCUGCAAGUACAUACCCCCAAGCUUGGGAAAGAGAAAUGUUAAAUAUAAAGGAAGUGAAUGAAGAGGCUUACAAAUACCUAAUUGUUAUCCCGUCAAGUUGGUCUGCAGAAAAACCCUAUGAAGUUAGGCAUUUUGCACAUAUUACAAACAAGUUUGUAGUUAACCUGGACAGUCAAGAUUGUACGUGCAGGAAAUGGCUUAUUUCUGGGAUCCCUUGCUGCCAUGCAAUUGCAGCCAUGAAGCUCUUAAAUUUAGAUCCAGAAGAUUAUGUACCCAUUUCGUUCAGACGUCAAUGGCCAUCUGUUAUGGGAAGACCAUCCAUCUUACCCAAACGUCCUCCCACCAUUCAAGAGAAAAUUACCAAAGAGAAAAAGAAGGUUGGAGCAAUGAGAGCUAAGGAGGAAUGA